ACUGAACGUAGUUGGAACGAUUGAAAUAACAAUUACGGUGUUGCAAUGUGAUGUCGAUGGUAUCGGAAUAUAUUUGCCGAUACUUGAUUUAGAAAGAAGCAUUGAACCAUAAAGAAAUAUCAUGACAAUCCUUACUGAAAUUCCUAGACGUUCGGUAUUUUUUGACAUAUAAAACAAUCGUACCUAAAUGAAGUGUGAUUGAAAUGCGAACUUAACCUUAUAGUUUGUAUAGGUUAUGUUGUAAAGUAGACAAUUUCUCGUUAAGUUGACGGUGUUUGGAAUAAAUUUACUCCAUACAGCAAAUCCCUCAAAAAUGGCUUAUUUAACGAGAAAAGAAAUAGAUGAAAUGAAACCACAAAUUGAAAAAGCAGUUCAAAAAUUUCUCGGUUUUGGGGAACCUGCUAUCGUUACCACGGCUGUCAAUUGUAUUACUUCUGGCUAUGAUAAACGUAAAACUGCAGAUAAAUUAUCUGCUUUAUUGGAAGAUAAAAAAGCUUCAAAACUAACUGAAAAAAUAUUUGCAAUAUAUGAUGAUGCUAAAGCAACACAGAAAAGUAAGAAACGAAGUCACAUGGAAGAUAAAGAUAAAGACAAAGAUGCGAAGAAACCGAGAUUUAGAGAUGAUGAAGUGAAAAAUGAAAAAACAACAGAAGCACAAUUAUCUGCAGAUAAGAUACGACAAAUGAUGGCUAAUGCCCAAAGAGAAAUCGAAGAAAGAAAAAGAGCACUGAAAGCCAUAAAACAAGAUGAAUCAUCACCGAUAAAGCCAUUACACAAAUCACAAGAUUCAUUACCUACGGUGGGGAGUAUGUACAAUCAAGGUUUAUUAAGUAAAACAGAUUCGGACAAAGCUCGAAAAAUUGCUGCUCUACAAGCCCAAAUCAGAAGUAAACUAAGCUCAGGGUUACUUGGUAAUGUCAGUGUACCCGACAAACCAACUCCAUUAAUUUUGGAUGAAUCAGGGAGAACCGUAGAUAUAACAGGCAAAGAAGUACAACUUACUCAAGUAGUGCCAACAUUGAAAGCCAAUAUUCGGGCAAAAAAACGGGAAGAGUUCAAAGCGCAGUUGCAAGAAUCCAAAGGCCCGGAAGAAAUUCAAGACACACACUUUUUUGAUACUAGGAUAGGUGUGAAACCAGCUAUACGUGGUAAACGCACAUUGAAAUUCCAUGAACCAGGAAAGUUUCAGCAACUAGCAGAGAGAAUUCGUAUGAAAGCUCAGUUAGAAAAACUGCAGAAUGAAAUUAGUCAAAUUGCUAGAAAAACCGGUAUAAGUUCUGCAACUAAAUUGGCGCUCAUAGCACCAAAAACUGAAGCUCUCAGCGAAGAUGUGCCUAAUGUAGAAUGGUGGGACUCGGUUAUUUUGGCAGGAGGUUAUCCGAACGAAGAUGAACUUACCAUGAUUAAAAACUCCACUAUUACCAAUCUUGUAGAACAUCCCACACAAAUGCGACCUCCAACUGAUCCAUUAAAACCAAUAUAUAUGCCCGUAUUUUUAACGAAAAAGGAACGUAAAAAGUUACGAAGACAAAACCGGCGAGAAGCAUGGAAAGAAGAGCAAGAAAAAAUUCGAUUAGGCCUCGAACCGCCGCCGGAACCGAAAUUGAGAAUUUCAAAUCUCAUGCGAGUAUUAGGUACAGAAGCCGUCCAAGAUCCUACGAAAAUAGAAGCUCACGUUCGACAACAAAUGGCUAAAAGAUUAAAGGCACACGAAGAUGCUAAUGCGGCUCGACGUCUUACGGCUGAUCAAAGGCGAGAGAAAAAGGCAAGAAAACUUAAGGAGGAUACUACACUCGGUGUACACGUAUCCGUUUACAGAAUACGCGAUCUGCUAAAUAAUUCUUCAAAGAAGUUUAAAGUGGAAACAAAUGCGAAACAGCUUUACCUUACAGGCUGUGUUAUGCUCUUCCGAGACUGCAACGUUGUCGUAGUAGAAGGUGGCGCGAAACAAUUAAGUAAAUAUAAACGAUUGAUGAUGAAUCGCAUCAAGUGGGAGGAAGAUAUUAUAAAAGAUAACGAUGGGAACGAUGUACCGAACAAAUGCGUUCCUGUAUGGGAAGGCACUAGUAAACAACGUCAUUUUGGAGAAAUCAAAUUCAAAGUUUGCCCAAUCGAAAAAAUGGCUCGGGAGCACUUUAAAAAGCACCAAGUUGAGCAUUACUGGGAUUUAGCUUAUAGCGGAGCUGUUCUUGAUAACACAGACGAUAUUCGCUCCUAGAACCGGAUUCUAUAGUUUAAGCAAUAAAUAUAUAUGCGCGCUAAUGCGAACGCGGAUAUAGAUAAUUUUAAUACAAUUCAAACAAUUAUUAUGAAAACAAAGGACAGUGAAAGAUCUAAAAUGUAAACAAUGGCGCGUAGAGCGAAAAUAAAAGUGCUCAAGGCCUCUCAUGA